AUGUAUCAAAAAAAUAUAUAUCAGGGAUGGUUUAACUCCUAACAAAAACGGAGAUCAUAUUUAAAAAAAUAAAAUUCUAAGUCAAAAAUCUAUAAAAAAAGAAAUUCUAUAUCUAGUGGAUGGGAAAAUGAUUAGGAUGUAAGUAAAAUAAUAAAUUAAGUGACCAAUAUAAAUAAUGACUAAUUUAGAACAAAUAAAGUAUCUUACUUGGCUAAAUUAAAGGAUUCACAGCUUCUAAAAAAUAAGAAAGUAGACUGUGGAUUGGAACUGGAAUUUGGAGAAUUUAUCCUGAAAAUGGUUAGAAAUGAACUCUAGGGAGUAUUUAUUAUUAGAAUGAUAUAAAAUCAAUGCAAAAAUUUAUGA